AUGUCGUACGACCCAGAGAAGUGGACUGUAUCCUCAAACGACGUGCUGUCGAUAUCCAUUGCCGACGAUGAUGGCUAUACCUCCUUCAAACCGGCUUUCACGUAUCCAAUUUUUGGUGAUUCAGAGCAGAUCUUUGGAUAUAAAGAUUUGAAGAUCAACCUUGCCUUCCACUAUACAACAUUUCUACCAUUCUUGAAAGUGACGUAUUCUGAGAAGCUGAACGAUGAAGUUGACGACGUGAAGGACAAGAUGCUAGAGUUUUUGCCUGCAAGCACUGUUGUUGACGACGAACAGCUGUGGGUGGAGACUUUCAAGAAGGAGAAAGUGGAACGCGGCGAAUUGAUUGCCAAACUUGAUGAGUAUGCCGUUUAUAAAUAUGGCUUUGACAAUGAGUUUGCUGUUGAGUUGAACAAGAGAUUACAGAUACUGGUGCUGAUGUUUAUCGAAGCUGGGUCUUACAUUGAUACCUCUGAUUCUCUUUGGAGCUUGUUUGUGAUGCGUAAGGAUGAUACCAUCAUUGGAUUCACCACGUCGUACUCUUACUUCAAGUAUAACGGUGGAGAAGAGUUUGAUUCAAACAAGGCUAUCAAGAGAAGAAACAAGAUUUCGCAGUUCGUUAUUCUUCCAAAUCAUCAGAAUGGUCUCCACGGUUCUCAGCUUUACCAAGCGGUGAUAAACUACUGGUUAGCGGAUCCUGAGGUCCAGGAGAUCUGUGUUGAAGACCCCAACGAGAAGUUUGACGACUUGAGAUAUAGAAACGACUUUAAGAGGUUGUUUGAAGAAGGCGUACUCUCCAAUUUACCCUCAUCCAUUUCCAAGUUGGAUGAAGCCUGGUUUGUAUCCAACGCUGCAAGCCACAAGCUAGAGCUGAACCAAUUCAAGAAGCUUGUUGAAAUGGGGUAUCUAUACAACGAGAACGUGAAAUUGGCCAGACUUGUCAUAAAGAAACGCCUGUACAUUAAAAACAGAGACGGACUAUCAGAAUUGGACAAAGCCUUGAGAAAUGACAAGCUACAAACCGCUUAUGAGGGCAUCAGACAGGAAUACACCAGAAUACUCGAUGCCCUCAGGUUACAUCAUGAUGAGAGACAGGCUAAAAGGGUCAAAUCUAAGUUCUUUGGUAAAGCUGGUAUCGCUUCUACUUUCAGAAAGAACGCUGCAGCCAACUUUGGUCCUGAAUUGGCCAGAAAGUUGUCCGCUUUGAUCAAGUUGGAGAAGAAUGUGUUGAGAUCCAUUGAAUUGGUUGCAAGAGAGCGUCGUGAGGUUGCCAAGCAGUUGUCCGUCUGGGGUGAGGAUAACGAUGACGACGUUUCAGACGUGACUGAUAAACUCGGUGUGUUGAUCUAUGAGAUUGGUGAGCUUGAGGAUCAAUACAUUGAUAAGUAUGAUCAGUACAGACUCACGUUGAAGUCCAUCAGAGACAUUGAGGGCUCUGUCCAACCAACAAGAGAACGCAAGCAAAAAAUUACCGAUGAAAUUGCGCGUUUGAAGUACAAGGACCCACAGUCCCCAAAGAUUGCUGUUUUGGAGCAAGAAUUGGUGCGUGCCGAGGCCGAAUCCUUGGUUGCUGAGGCACAAUUGUCAAACAUUACCAGAGAAAAGUUCAAAGCUGGAUUCAACUACCAGUUCGACGCUACAAGAGAACUCUCUGAGAAGUUGGCCUUGAUCGCUGGUUACGGUAAGGCCCUUUUGGAGUUGCUUGAUGAUGCCCCAGUCACCCCUGGUGAGACCAGACCAGCUUAUGACGGUUACGAAGCUUCUAAGCAAAUCAUCAUUGAUGCUGAAAAUGCUUUGGCCGCCUGGACUUUGGACCAAGCUGCUGUCAAGCCUGCUCUCUCAUUGCACCAAACUGCUGAUGACGUCUAUGACGAGGAGGCUGAUGAACAAGAGGCUGCUGAGGCUGAAGCUGAAUGGGCUGAAGAUGAGGAUCAACAACCAACUCAAAUCAACUGAGUUGUUCCUCCAGGUACUUGAAUGAUUUGCUAUGAUCGAUCCUUAUGGAGCCGUUCUUUCACUAGCUGAUCCCUUUUUUAUGUGUUAUACUUUAAUCGACUGGUGGGUUUCCACACUAAACUCGUUUGCAUGAUUAAUUACUAUGAUUGCU